AUGAGUUUGAUAAAGAGGAGAGUGGUUGAAAGUAAGAAGGAUAAGACUAUAGAUGAAGAUGAUGAAAAAGAAAGUGAAGCUGAAGAUGUAUGGAAUGAUAACAAGAAUGAAUGGUAUGAAAAAGAAGGAGAUAUCAAUUUGAGAGAUAUAGUACAACUUGAUUUGAAAGAUG